UGAUGCUGUGAUGGGUAACCGCUUUAUUAAACUUUGGUGGGCAAAUAGAGAUAGUAUACCUGAUAAUGGCCUAUCCACUUGCAAUGGUGCUUUUAUGAAGGUUCGUGGUAUGACUGCUUCUGGAGGGCAGAACCAACUUCCAAUUGCUGCAGCUUUGAAAAGCAACCAUGUAAAUUCCAUGGCAAAGGGUCCUCUUUUCCACACUGGUGGAGCUCCAUCCUCCUCUGAGCAGUCUAAGGCUGUGGUGGCUACUAGUGGUCCCAAGGUUACGCUGCUUCAGCAGAAGAAAGCAGACACUCUUGAGCAGUUGAAGGAGACACUUCGGAAAAAACAGGAAAUGUUGGAGCAGAAGCGUAACGGGUACCGCAAAAAAAUUGGCGACGCUCGAAAAACAAGGUACGGUUGUCAAGGGCGAGGACACAUGUUGCAGCUUGUCUGGGUAACACGUCAAAGCAGCAGAGAGAGCAAUAAUAACAGCAACAACAACAGUAAUAGUCUCUCUGUUUCUUGUUACCACCUUAUCAGCAAAAGCAAGUGCGCUUCUAAUGACCCAAAACCAGGAGAUGAAGUCAAGACCUCCUCUACAGAAAAACUAGAGAAUACAAAUGUUUCUGAAGACAACGACAGUACCUUGGAUAAACAAGAGACCAAAGAAAGCGACAACGAUAACAAUAAAAGUAACCACGAGUCCAUCGAAGGAGCUUCUGAGGCGAUUGUAGCUACAGGAACUGAUGAAGAUCAGUCUGAACAAAUCCGUGAGUGAGAAUGUGAAAAAGAAAAGAGAGAAAAGAGAAGACAGAAAAAAAAGUGUAUUGUUACAUUUGGCCUUCC